UUCUGCAUUAAUAUGAAACAUGUCAUAAAAUGAGUGAAAAUUUAGAUCCCAAUCAACGAACCCCACCAAUUCAGGAAGUUCUGAGCCCAAGUGCACCCAGUUCCAAUGGGGUCAUCAGUAAUAUUCGGAAACCACAACAAGCGGAAACUGUUCAUGGAAAAUUAUUUUCACACUCUGCACCAAACACGUCUUUCAUAAGAAAACAGCAUCCCUCAAAUAAAACAUUGCUGCUGGAUUGUGCCCCUGCUGACAUAAAUUCGAACGCCACGGAUGAGGAUAACCUAAAAAGAGGCGAUCCACGAGGAACGGAAACUGAUGACUUUAACGGGACACGGAUCGGGUUUGACCCCGAAGAAUUGAGAUCACACCGAGUCGACGUUUUGUGGAAGGUGGAAAAGGGUCGAGGGUUGGAGGCUGAUGGCAUUUCGAGCUGCGUCAUGUGUCCAGAUGAGGAAAGGCCGGAGAAGAAAUUUCAUCAAAACAAGUCCCGUCUUAUCCCUCAAUUUCAGCAGAGACGACCGCAAAAAAAUCUACAAGAAGAGGAUACGUCCGGUACUCGAGUGGAUCAGAAUGAUAACCCAAAUCUUCUUGUGGGGAAGAAAUCAGAGGAUGACCACAACAUCCGGUUAAAUAUUCCAGGUCACGACGGCGACUUGUUGCAUGGACCGCGAAACGAUCAGCAACGAUUGAUCAGAAGAGAACCAUUGUCUUGGCCGUGGCACUCGGGAACGUAUCAUAUGAAUAUUCGAUUUCAUAGCCCUGAAUUUCGGAACCACUUUUCAAGCAAAAUGCUCCUCAUCAAAGCGUUGCAAUGGGCGUUGGCCUUGAUUUGGACAUUUUCUGCGUAUCAUAUUCGCUACUUUCACGACCAUCAGAGAGAUUUGGCAUGGACGCUCUAUCUCGCCUCUUUUAUUCUCAUAACCACCUUCCUCACGGUCCGUUCUAUUAGUCUGCUGAAUAAUCAAACAUCUAUUUUUGUCCUAUUCGUCUCGACCUUCUGCAUAUCCCACUUAUCUGCAAUGCUACAUAUUCACUAUAACUGCUCUGCGGUACCGAUUGUACUAAUCACGCUGACGCUAACCUACAUUUUGACUGCGUUGACUUUUUCUUGUAUUCAAGUCGACGUGGAUAGUCCGACAGUGUUCUACCCGAUCUUUGUUUAUGUGAUCAUGACAUCAGUUAUCUCAUUUUGGUUCGUUCUUGGUAUGAAAACUGAGAUUCGAUACCCAUUGUCCAAAAUUUUAGGAACUUGGUUUCCCUGCGCCCUGCUAUCUUUGAUGAUAUGUUCGACCGAGAUGCUAGAAAUUCAGGCGUUACUACGCGGGUCAAGAUUACCACUGGAACCCACUGACUGGGUUUUGGCUACAACGUUUCUCUUAUGAAUUUGAGAAAAUUUUUGAUUUUUGUCAAUUUCUUUCUUAUGAGAUGAAAUAAAUUAACUGUCGUCGUGGAAUGCACAAAA